AGUGUUCGAGCUGAAGAAGAUUACUAGCCAGACUCAACACACCCCUGCCUUCUUCGCCAUGUCUGGCCGUGCCCUGCCUGUGGCCCUGCUCUGCUUCGUUGCGAUGAUGAGCUCGGCCUUCGUGGCUCCUGGAGCUGCACGAGAGGGAGCCGCCCUCCGCGGUGCAUCGGAGCGCUCUCUGCUGGCGGUCACUGGUGGCCUGGUUGCCGCGGUACCAGGCCAAGCGCAGGCAUUCUCUGAGACCGAGCUGAACCAGUUCGGCCUGGUCUUCGCCAUCUUCUUCUUGGGAUUCUUCGUCGCGGGAUUGGUGCGCAUGUUCACGGUUGGCAAGCUCUAAGGACCUCUCAAGGCUCGAGGAAAGCCGCUUUUUACCGACCCGAUAUGGAUGUCUGCGCGGAGAACGCGGACUGCGCAG